UCUGACCUCCGAUCCGCAGCAACGCCUCGACUCCGCCCGCUUCGAGAGACGCGUUUCCGUGGAGGCGGUUGCCAGGGAACGGGACGCGGCUUCCUGCGCAGCCGGCGCCAGCCCCCGGGAGCCCCGCCAUGGACGCCCAGUCGCUGACCUACGCGCUGGACCUGGUGGCCGGGGGCGGCGGGGGCCUGAGCUCGGAGAAGCGGGCGGCGCUGCGGGCCUCGCUGCUGCUGCUGCGCCGGGACUAUCGCUUCGAGCAGGUCCGGUUCUGGGGCCGCAUCCAGGGCAUCCGCGGGCCCUAUUACAUCGCCGAGGGGCUGGGGGGAGACCGCGCCGGGCCCAGGAGCCGCCUCUACAGCUUGAACUGUAUGGAGUGGAGUCUUCUGCCACCAGCUACUGAGGAAAUGAUCACACAGACUGCAGGGCUAAAGGGCCGUUUCCAGGGGGAUCCAUCUUAUGAGUAUGAUCCCACUGAGAAGAAGGGGGAAGAGAAUGAGAGAAUAUAUGAGGAGGAAGGUGGGCCCAUGAUCAAGGAGGAAAUCCGUCUUGUAGCUACGAUAGAUCAGAUAGAUAAGGCAGUGGGUAUCAUCCCACGGGGUGCAUUUGUGAAGACCCCGCUCGGCCCUGUCCAUGAAAACAGGAAUUUUGAAGGUCUGUCUCUGACUGAGGCAAAAAAGUUAAAUUCCUAUUUCCACUUCACUGAGCCUGUUAACCUGAAGAACAGAACACUCCUGCAAAAGGCUGACCUGGACCCAUCCAUUGACUUCUUGGACUCUCUGGAGCAUGAUAUCCCAACAGUCCAGGAGAGAACACCCUCUGCAGAGGUAACAGAGACGCUCACAUGCAAUUCAGCUCAUCAUCUCUAUCAACAGCAGAGUUUGUGAGGAUAGAGAUCAAACCAGGAACUGACUGAAGGAGAGAGAUCUUAAAUCAGGGGCACUGCUUGAAAAUGUAUCCAGGUGUCAGGCCUGUAGUUGUUCUGUGAAGGCCAAGAAAUCCAAUACAGUAUAACUGCAAACAGGCCCAAGGCAAAGCUGAACAGAAUUCUUUACUCAUGCUAGAACUGAAACUAUAGAGCCAAUGCAGGAGGCUGUGCAUCCUUAGAGCCUUCCAUGCUUCCACUAGAACAGAGGCAGCAAGGGCAUUGGUGGUUGGCUGAGAGCCUGAGGGCUAAUUUGCAUAACAUAUAGCUGAUUGCAGCUGUCUUC